UCUUGUCGUCUGGAUAGUCUGAAGUUCACCAAGACAUCCAGCAAGCCCACCCACCAACGAACCAACGAACCCAAAGAGACGCUACGAAACCCAUAAACUCGCACUUACGCGUCGCUCUGCUCGUUUUGCAAGGCACCUCGUCAUCAACAUAGUUACCGUUGUGCCGACCGGCUGUUUGCUACUCCCGACAACCGUCCGGGGUCUGCUUGUCAAACCCCUCCCCCCCUUUUCUCGGCCUGGCCUACACCGUCGGCGUGACGGGCCUAGAUAGACACCACAUCAACCUCAAGCUUCGCCCCUUCGCGUAGCAAACCGCGAGCUAAAGUGCCGGUUUUCCUGUGCGAGGACCAACGCUAGAAAGGGAAGGUAGAGCCGAAGACGACAAGUAGGUAACCGCCAAAAUGCCCUUCAUAAAUGGCCCCAGUCCCUCCCCGUCUCCCUCGCCCGAGCUGGACACACACUACGGUCCUCCCCGCGCCACCAUCAAGCCCCUCGGGUACGCGAGACGCCACAACCACGCCAGCUCCAGACACAAUCGCCUCGCCGCCAUGGGGAAUCCCGACGACCGAUACCACCAGCUAUCACAACUCCACCUCGGCCCCGAGGCCCCCGCCGAUGACGCCUCUUCUAACGUGAGCCGGUCGCCCUCGGAUCGCAUCUCGUCUUUCUUCCGCCGCGUCGGCGGCUCCUCUCAGAGCGCCGAAUCGAAGCACCCCCAGCACCCCGCCUGGAGCAGUAGCUGGUGGUCGGCGAGUUUGCCCCCUCAGCCUCAGCCGCCGGCGCCGCGGUUCCCUCCGCCGUCCUACGAGGAGGCCACGACGGCCGCCCCGGCAUCGCCCAGGCCGGUCAAGGACGACCAGUACGCGUUCCUGAGCGAGUUCAACACCAUCUUCCUGAUCGACGACUCGUACUCGAUGAAGGGCGAGCGGUGGCGCGAGACGCAGCGCGCGAUCGAGGCGGUGCUGCCGGUGUGCGUGGCGCACGACGCGGACGGGGUGGACGUGUACUUCCUGAACCACCGGACGGCGGACGGGGGGGACGCGGCGCGCGGGGCGGCGGCGACGGGGUACCGCAACGUGCGCAGCGCGGGGGAGGUGAUGGCGCUGUUCGCGGGGGUGCGGCCGCGGCAGGCGACGCCGACGGGCACGCGGCUGGACGCGAUCCUGCGGAGCUACCUGGGGCGGUACGAGGCGGCGGCGCGGGAGACGGGGGACGCGUACUGCCUGCGGCCGAUCAACGUGAUCGUGGUGACGGACGGCCAGCCGACGGACGAGCCGGGCGAGAUCAUCGCGCUGGCCGCGCGCCGGCUCGACGCCGCCGGCGCGCCCCCGCACCAGGUCGGCGUCCAGUUCUUCCAGGUCGGCGCCGACCCCGCCGCCACCGCCGCCCUCCGCGACCUCGACGACGACCUCUGCCGCCGCGAGGGCGUCCGCGACAUGGUCGACACCGUCACCUUCGACGCCGCCCGCCGCCUCACCGGCCAGGGCAUCCUCAAGGUCGUCCUCGGCGCCGUCAAGCGCAAGCUCGACCGCGUCGACCUCGCCACCCGCGAACGCAGCGGAAGCGCCAGCGCCAGCGACAGUGCCAACGGUACCUCCCGACGGCAGUCGAGGGGAGGUUGAUCCAUCUCAAAAUGCCCUCCCUAGCUAAGAUUACGAUUUUCCUUUUUUUUUUCUUUUAGAUAUUUAUUACCGGGCUGGUUUAGAGACCAGGAACUGGGGAACUAUGGAUGGGGGGCAUGACAUAGUAUCCAGGGGUAGGCAUACUGGCUCGGAAGGCUCGCCGGGGUCGAGCUCCGGCUUCAUCGCCAGGCGCGUUUUCAUCUCCUCUCACAUCGGGAUUCUGAGUCCCCGGCCUCCGCGAGGUUCUCCCGCGGGCUUAUACGGGACCCUGUUACUAGAUUCGGGCGUGGACCGUAGCCUACACAUGGCAACAGUAGGAGUUACACAAGGGCUCGCGCCCCUAAAAGCAGUGUUCGCGUCUCUCCAUUCCAAAAUUGUACUUGGCUCAUAAAUAACUGCUUGCGUGCUCGGGCAGGCAAUUCGUGGUAUACUUGCUACCGCCUCAGAAAUUAUCGUGCUCUACGUUUCCCGUAGGUAUAGGUAUGUAAAGUGACG